AUGGACUUCCUCGCUAACAUUUUCUGGAAGCCACCUUCUUCUCCGACCUCCCCGACGGAGGCCAAGAAGCAGCGAGUUCGGGAUGAGGACGAACCACGGACCCCCACUAAGGCGACAGGAGCGGCCAAAGCGGCGGGAGCAGCAAAGCCGACUGCAACGGACAAGGCGACGAACGAUAACGAGGUACCCGAGUCAGUCGUAACCGACUCGGCAGAGACGACGCCGGCGAUGGCGCUCGGCUUGAUGUCACCACCAGGUCGCCAACCAACCCCGGCCUCGCCCGGACCUCAAGAUACCCAGUUGAGCACACAGGUGUGGGGAUAUCUAGAUCCUAUCACGGACGAUGGCGCCAACUUGAAGAGCAUCAGGCUUGACAAGUCCGCCCAGCUUGGGAAUGAUAAAUCGAAGAACGACAAGAAGCCGACCAACAAGACCCCAAAGACCACUGCCGGUGGGUUCUUGAUUGGCAGGCACCCCGAGUGUGACUUGCAAAUCAAGGCCAGGGUUAUAUCAAAUCGUCACUGCAUCAUUUACAAGGAAAUCACCGGUGGUCAGCCUAGAGCGAUCUUGGAAGAUCUUUCCAGCAACGGAACUUGGGUCAACGGUGUCAUCGUUGGUCAAAACAAGCGCCGUACGUUGGCCAGUGGCGAUGAGGUCGUAUUCGCUGGCGGUCACAAGUAUCAUUUCCGUUACCCGACGGGAAUGUUCGCCAGUGGAUUCCUUGACACCUUCGCACUUGGGGCUCCCUUGGGAUCUGGUCACUUCGCCACCGUCUAUCUGGCAGUCGAGAAGAAAACGGGCACCCAGUACGCGGUCAAGGUCUUCGCAAAGCAAAAGUCUUCGGACCGGUCUGGAAACUCCUCCGGUCUUCAGCAGGAAGUUGCGAUGUUGAUGUCGGUCUCACAUCCCAACGUCUUGUGUUUGAAGGGAACAUACGAAGAAGAAGAUGGUGUUUACUUGGUCUUGGAAUUGGCUCCUGAGGGAGAAUUGUUCAAUUACAUCAUUAAGCACCAGAAGUUGACGGAACCCCAAGCGCGCAAGAUCUUCAGGCAGCUGCUUGAUGGGCUCAAGUACCUGCAUGACCGUAACAUUGUCCAUCGGGAUAUCAAACCUGAAAAUAUCCUUCUGACGGAUAAGAACCUUAACGUCAAGCUGGCAGACUUCGGUCUCGCUAAGAUCAUCGGAGAGGAUUCGUUCACCACUUCUCUUUGUGGAACUCCCAGCUAUGUUGCACCGGAGAUCUUGGAGAGUUCCCCCAAUCGCAAGUACGACCGUGCUGUAGACAUAUGGUCGCUGGGUGUAGUGUUGUAUAUCUGUCUCUGCGGCUUUCCGCCCUUUAGUGACGAGCUGUAUUCGCAGGACAACCCAUACACACUUUCACAGCAGAUCAGGUUGGCUCGCUUUGACUUCCCAUCCCCUUACUGGGAUUCCGUGGACGACCUGGCUCUGGAUCUGAUCGAGCGCAUGCUCCAGCGCGAUCCGGAGAGAAGGAUUACCGUCGAUGAAGCGCUCAGGCACCCGUGGCUUAUGGAAGCUGCCCCAGCUGAUUCCUGUGGGAACUUAUCAGAGGCGAUAGAAUCCCUCAAGUUCACCCGCAGAAUGGUAACCCACCAGCGGACCCUACUGGCUGAAGCCCCCGGCCUUGCAAAUCCUGCGUCCCAGAAUCCAAAUAAAGUCAAGGUUCAGGUUCACCAGCCUGGAAAUGGUGUCAUUAGCAGACCCGGCAAUUCUCCCCACAGCCCCGACAAUCUCGACGCCCAGACCAAGGCUUUCGUUAACCUUGGCGGCAAGGCUGUCGACGAAACACUGUACGGCGAUUCCUUCUACAACGUCGCGGAGAACGGCGAGGUCUCUUCUGAGGAAGACCGAUUUCUGUUGGCUCUGGAUAGUUUCUUUUCUGCGAUGGAUGAGCAAUUGGAUUGGGGUGAUGGUACUGCACUGGUUUUCGAACUCCCAUCCGUUUGGAUUUUGAGCAUAAUUUACGGCGAUAAAUACAUUCUGUUCUGUCUCUUUUUUUCACGCAUAAAGACGAGGUACAUACUUUAUUGUCUCAACACCCCCGUGCUACUAGUUGUCUAUACCGUGUCGUUCAUCAUCGUUUCCGUUGUCUUCAAUGUCCUCUCCCAGCUUCUGUUCAAGGACAAAAGCAAGCCGCCGGUGGUCUUCCACUUCUUCCCCUUCUUCGGAAGCACAGUCAUCUACGGAAUGGAUCCAUACGCGUUUUUCUUCUCAAACCAGGAGAAGUACGGUGAUGUAUUUACGUUUAUCCUGCUCGGAAAGAGGAUGACCGUCUGCCUCGGCCCCCAGGGAAACGACUUCGUGUUGAACGGAAAGCUCGCGGAAGUGAGCGCCGAGGAGGCCUACACCCACCUGACCACUCCUGUUUUCGGUGAGGGUGUCGUCUAUGAUUGCCCCAACCACCGUUUGAUGGAGCAGAAGAAGUUCAUGAAAUUCGGCUUGACUAUCGACACUUUCAAGGGAUACGCGCCUCUGAUCGUUGAACAGGUGGAGGACUACAUCAAGAAGUCCAAGCACUUCAAGGGUACCAAGGGUUCUGUUCCUCUAGGCGAGAUCAUUCCCGAGAUCACCAUCUUCACUGCUUCCCGCUCGCUGCAAGGCAAGGAGGUCCGCGACGCUCUCGACGGCUCCUUCGCUGGCCUCUUCCACGAUCUCGAUCUCGGCUUCAACCCCAUGAACUUCAUGUUCCCUUGGUUCCCGUUCCCCGGCAACAAGCGUCGUGAUGCCGCGCAAAAGAAGAUGGCUCGUUUCUACAUGGACCUGAUUGAGAAGAGGCGCAAGGACCCCAGCAUGGCCGGCAAGGAGAAGGACAUGAUCUGGAACUUGAUGGACCGCAGCUACAAGGACGGAACCCCCAUCUCCGACAGAGAGGUCGCCCACAUGAUGAUUGCCCUCUUGAUGGCUGGUCAGCACACUUCGAUGGCAACCACCAUGUGGGUCCUGCUCCACCUUGCCGAGAAGCCCGACCUCGUCUCCGAACUCUACCGUGAGCAGCAGAAGAUCUGCGGCACUGACCCCCGCCCUCUCGCCUACGAGGACAUCGCCAAGAUGCCCGUCCUGAACAACGUUGUCCGCGAAGUCCUCCGCAUGCACCCUCCGAUCCACUCCAUCAUCCGCAAGGUCAAGUCGCCCAUGCAUGUUCGCGAGAAGAACUACAUCAUUCCCGCCGGAUACCACGUUCUCGCCGCUCCCGGAGCUUCCGCGAUGGACCAAAAGUACUUCAAGAACCCCAACGACUUCGAUCCCCACCGUUGGGACACAAUCGACUCCGAGGAUACCGCCGAGAAGUUCGAUUUCGGUUUCGGCCUGGUCAGCAAGGGAACUGCUAGUCCCUACCUCCCUUUCGGUGCUGGCCGACACAGGUGCAUCGGCGAGCAGUUCGCAAACGUCCAGCUCGGAAGUAUCAUCUCCACCUUUGUUCGCGAGUUUGAGUUCUCGCUUCCCGGUGACGGCAAGGUGCCUGGACCUGAUUACACUUCCAUGAUCACGCUGCCCACACCCCCGGCCGCGGUUAUGUGGAAGAGACGAAACCCUUAG